AUUGGCAGGUACCUAAAUGGGGCAUUUUCUCUCUUCAGUUCUGCCUUGAUGGUUCAAGGUCAAAAAAUACCCACACCAAACACAAGUUGGCUAAAUCAGGCCCGCAUGAACAGGCGCACCCCGAAAACUCGGAUUGGCUCAACGAGUACCGGGACACCCAGUCUUCUAGCCAAUAGUACUCGAAGCAAACUUCCCACUCUUCAUGAAGAUAUUAGAGUAGAAAGAACAAAGUGGCCAAUAAGCAAGCUAAAGAGUCCCCCUCGAUCAACCUCUCAAUGGACAAGCCCAAACGUCCGAGUUAAAUCACUGCAUCGCGAUGAAGGCAUGGGUACCGGGGUCACAAAACCUCCAACCAAUAAAGAGUUGCUUUCUGGCGCUUUGGUUGAGAUGCUCCUCAGGGAAGCUUCAAUGGCCUUGGAAAAAUCGACGUCCAAUACAAGUACAUUCCUUACUAUUAAUGCAUUUUCCCUGUUGAUAACUUAUGAAGGUGUAACUUUUCUUAAAGAACCUACACAAGAUGACUCUCAAACUGCUCUUGACAAUCUGUCAAAGAACCCGUCAACUUUGAGUGAAAGAGAAGGAGGAAACGAGGAAAAGGACACAAGACUGUCAAUGACUCCCGUCCAACACAUCUCUGCUAAAAUAAUUUCGCCCUUGAUAUGUAGUAAUAGAAGUCCUGAACCCCGAGAAAGUCUCGCACUUUCUGGAAAAUCAUUUCACUUUCAAAACAAUCCAUCAUCCACCUCAUCUUCUUCUAUCGUCCUCAAAAAUGAUAGUCGAAAUGCCAAUUUUUCGAUCACCUGGCCUCUCUGUCCUUAUAUUGAUCGACCGUCUAACUCGCGUCUCAACUCUUCGCGGAUAUCUCCUACCAACUACGGACUUGUAAAUACAGCUGUGGGUGAAAAGAAAAGAUCACAAACGAAUUCGGAGCUGCCACCAAUUCUAUUGUCCAGAACAGCGCCUCUAACAUUGGCCCCUCGACAGCGCAGACGGUUGGGGGGAACUGAGGUCACCCGGUUGCCAUCCAUUUAUAACUCUACUUCUGGACACACUAAAAGCAUCCGUCAUUCAACAAAGCUGACACUAUACCAUAGAAGUGAUGGAAGUCAGGCAACUCUGGUGCAGCAUUCUUCCACGCUGCCACAAAGUGAACUUAGCAUUCCAAGACCUGAGGCCUUGGCAGCUAAGGUAAACUCUUUGUUAAGCGUUGGUCAGUUUUCCUCUCUGUCGCCUCCAAAUUGCCACCAUAAUACGUUUAAAAUUUCAUUUAGUAUCCGCCCUAUUCGUCCAGGAGUACCAAGAUCCAGUACUCAAUGGCGAUCUCAACUCAACGCCACUGAUCAACAGAUUCUAUUUAGUAAGUCGAGAAACUAUAAGCAAAUGCUGGUAUGA